AUGGCUUCAGAUCUUGAAGAGAUCAAGAAUGAGACUGUCGAUCUCGAAAACAUUCCCAUCGAGGAAGUUUUCACGGCGUUGAAAUGCUCGAGGGAAGGGCUGACGAGCGAUGAAGGAAACAAGAGGCUCGAGAUCUUCGGGCCCAACAAGCUCGAGGAGAAAAAGGAGAGCAAGUUCCUCAAGUUCCUCGGCUUCAUGUGGAACCCUCUCUCGUGGGUCAUGGAGUCGGCAGCUAUCAUGGCCAUCGUCUUGGCUAAUGGCGGGGGGAAGGCUCCGGACUGGCAGGACUUUGUCGGCAUAGUCGUGUUGCUCAUCAUCAACUCGACUAUCAGCUUCAUCGAGGAAAACAACGCUGGAAAUGCCGCGGCCGCUCUCAUGGCCGGCCUUGCCCCCAAGACCAAGGUUUUGAGGGACGGCAAGUGGAGCGAGCAGGAGGCCUCGAUCCUCGUGCCGGGAGAUUUAAUCAGCGUGAAGCUCGGUGACAUCAUCCCGGCCGAUGCUCGUCUCCUUGAAGGUGAUCCUCUGAAGAUCGACCAAUCGGCCCUCACGGGCGAGUCCCUUCCCGUCACUAAGCACCCUGGCCAAGGCGUCUACUCGGGCUCGACCUGCAAGCAGGGCGAAAUCGAGGCUGUUGUGAUUGCAACUGGGGUCCACACAUUCUUCGGCAAGGCUGCUCAUCUUGUUGAUAGCACCAAUAACGUCGGCCACUUCCAACUGGUUUUGACGGCAAUCGGUAACUUCUGCAUAUGCUCGAUUGCAGUUGGCAUGGUGAUCGAGAUACUUGUAAUGUACCCGAUUCAGAAGAGGAACUACAGGCAAGGGAUUGACAACUUGCUGGUGUUGCUUAUUGGUGGUAUCCCGAUUGCCAUGCCCACGGUUCUUUCCGUGACGAUGGCCAUCGGGUCCCACAGGCUGUCUCAGCAAGGUGCCAUCACGAAGAGGAUGACGGCCAUUGAGGAGAUGGCUGGCAUGGACGUGCUCUGCAGCGACAAAACCGGAACACUUACACUCAACAAGUUGACGGUCGAUAAGACAUUGAUCGAGGUUUUCCCCAAGAACAUCGACAAGGAUGCUGUGGUUUUGUUCGCAGCCAGGGCUUCGAGAAUUGAAAAUCAGGACGCUAUUGAUGCUUCCAUUGUCAACAUGCUUGGUGAUCCCAAGGAGGCGAGAGCCGGAAUUAAGGAGGUGCAUUUCCUGCCAUUCAACCCGGUGGAUAAGCGCACGGCUAUCACAUAUAUCGACAAUGAUGGGAACUGGCAUAGGUGCAGCAAGGGUGCUCCCGAGCAAAUCAUCGAACUAUGUCUCCUCAAAGGUGAAGACCUGAAGAAGGCACACGCCGUCAUCGACAACUUCGCCAACCGUGGCCUCCGAUCCCUCGGCAUUGCCAGACAGACCGUAAAUGAGAAGACCAAGGAAAGCGCAGGCGAGCCAUGGGAGUUCGCGGGCUUGCUGCCAUUGUUCGACCCACCAAGACACGACAGUGCCGAGACCAUCAGCAAGGCCCUCGAUCUUGGUGUGAACGUCAAGAUGAUCACCGGUGACCAGCUGGCGAUCGGAAUUGAGACCGGCCGACGCCUUGGCAUGGGAACCAACAUGUACCCGUCAUCUGCCCUUCUCGGCCAGAACAAAGACGAGUCUAUUGCCUCCAUUCCCAUCGACGAGCUCAUUGAGAAAGCCGAUGGCUUUGCCGGAGUCUUCCCUGAACACAAAUACGAGAUCGUGAAGAAACUCCAGGAGAGGAAGCACAUUUGCGGGAUGACUGGUGACGGUGUGAACGAUGCGCCGGCGCUGAAAAAAGCCGACAUUGGAAUUGCGGUGGCCGAUGCCACAGAUGCCGCGAGGAGCGCAUCUGACAUUGUCCUAACCGAGCCGGGACUGAGCGUUAUCGUGAGUGCUGUCCUGACUAGCCGAGCCAUCUUCCAGAGGAUGAAGAACUACACAAUCUACGCUGUCUCGAUCACUAUCCGUAUAGUGAUGGGAUUCUUGCUCAUUGCACUUAUCUGGAAGUUUGACUUCUCGCCUUUCAUGGUCCUCAUUAUUGCCAUUCUCAACGACGGCACAAUCAUGACCAUCUCAAAGGAUAGAGUGAAGCCUUCACCAGUGCCAGACUCAUGGAAGCUCAAGGAGAUCUUUGCCACAGGGGUCGUGCUCGGAACUUACAUGGCUCUCAUGACCGUCAUUUUCUUCUAUCUUGCUGCCGAUACCGACUUCUUCUCCCAAAUUUUCAAUGUGAAAUCAUUGAGGGAGAGCCCGGAUGAGCUUACAGCUGCACUCUACCUUCAAGUGAGUAUUAUUAGCCAGGCCCUCAUAUUCGUGACUCGGUCGAGAAGCUGGUCGUUUGUUGAGCGCCCGGGUUUCUUGCUCAUGGGAGCUUUCUUGGUGGCCCAGUUGUUGGCCACGGUCAUUGCUGUGUAUGCCAACUGGGAAUUCGCAAGAAUCAAGGGCAUCGGGUGGGGCUGGGCCGGAGUUAUUUGGAUUUUCAGCAUCAUCACUUACUUCCCGCUCGACGUUAUCAAAUUCAUCAUCCGGUUUGCAUUGACCGGCAAGGCUUGGGAUUCCAUGAUUCAGAACAAGACUGCUUUCACCACCAAGAAGGACUACGGAAAGGGAGAGAGAGAAGCACAGUGGGCCGUGGCUCAACGUACACUCCACGGGCUGUCGACAGCUGGCGCUGAUAGCUCUGCCCUCAUGAACGACAAAAGCUACAGGGAACUGUCUGAAAUUGCUGAGCAGGCUAAAAGGAGGGCUGAGGUUGCCAGGCUGAGAGAGCUCCACACCCUUAAGGGACACGUCGAGUCGGUUGUGAAGCUAAAGGGAUUGGAUAUUGAGACCAUCCAGCAGCAUUACACUGUGUAA